GGAAAGACGUCAAAAGCUAAAAAAAACUUUUGUUUUUUGUGGUGACUUGUUUUUCCCAAAAUUUGAUAGCGAGAAAAUCGUGUAAAAACCCUGAAAACAUUGUCUAUUUCCAUUUUGUUGUGUGAAAAAUCAUUCGUGGUGGAAUCUGUGCAUCAGUUUGCGGCGUAUGUGAAUAAGUGCGGCCGGAGAAUCAUGAGUAAAAUGACAAAGAACAAAUUCGGACUGGUACUGCCUCCGGGAGCUGUUAACACUGCUCCUCCGCAAUCCCAAUCAACCCCACCAAUCCGCACCCCAUCGAGCUCAGACCCCUUCUCCCCGAAUCCUUCCAAUAUGAACCGGCAGAUGUUCGGGAAGCAGAAGACGAGCAUCGAGGCGCUGACGGAGACACUGGAGGAGCUGGAGAUGGAUGACACAGCCAGGAAGAGGAUUAAGGUAUUUCUGAGUCAGAAGGAGAAGAUUGGGGAGUUGAGUGAUGAGGAUCUGGAGAAGUUGGGGGAAUUGGGUUCGGGCAAUGGGGGUGUGGUUAUGAAGGUGCGUCAUGUUCCCACCCAAUUGAUAAUGGCACGCAAACUCAUUCAUCUGGAAGUGAAGCCAGCCAUUAAGAAGCAGAUUAUCAGGGAACUCAAAGUUCUGCAUGAGUGCAACUUCCCUCACAUUGUGGGCUUCUACGGAGCCUUCACGAAUGACGGAGAGAUCAGCAUUUGCAUGGAAUACAUGGAUGGAGGAUCGCUGGAUCUGAUCCUCAAGCGCGCUGGACGCAUUCCCGAGGCCAUUCUCGCUAAAAUCACCUUCGCCGUUCUCAAGGGACUCAGCUACCUUCGGGACAAACAUGCCAUUAUGCAUCGGGACGUGAAGCCCAGUAACAUCCUCGUGAACAGCAGCGGAGAGAUUAAAAUCUGCGAUUUCGGCGUUUCCGGGCAGCUCAUAGACUCCAUGGCCAAUUCUUUCGUGGGAACUCGCAGCUACAUGUCUCCGGAACGUCUCCAGGGCACUCACUAUUCCGUGCAGUCGGACAUUUGGUCCCUGGGAUUGUCACUGGUGGAAAUGGCCAUUGGGAUGUACCCCAUUCCGCCGCCGGACGCAAAGAUGCUGGAGUCGAUCUUCGGGGAAAAUGGCGAGGACAGCAGCUCGUCAAUUAUUGAACCCAAGCCAAUGGCCAUCUUCGAACUCCUCGAUUACAUCGUCAAUGAACCACCUCCCAAGUUGGAACACAAAAUCUUCUCCGAGGAAUUCAAAGACUUCGUGGACAAAUGCUUGAAGAAGAACCCCGAUGAGAGAGCCGAUCUCAAAACCCUAAUGAAUCAUCCGUGGAUCAAGAAUGAACGCGAAGACGUCGAUAUUGCCGGAUGGGUGUGCAAAACAAUGGACCUCCCACCCUCGACGCCGAAACGGAAUACAACACCAAACUGAAUCCUGUCGCGGUCGCCGAGCGCCCAAAGAAGAUGCCGCAACACCCAAGUCAUAAAAAUAAUAAGUGUUUUAUCGAAUUCUAUCGGUGUCCAAGAUUUAUCGUCAUCCGAGGAGCUCAGAAUGUCUUCUAAUGUAAAUACAUGAAAUUAGUGGAAAAAAACUUAAAUAUGAGAGAUUCUAAAAGUCACGGAAGAAAAAAACAAAGAUUUAUUAUUCUAGAUGUGAGAUUUUAUCAAAAAAAAAAGAACAUUCCUCAAUUUCUCUGUUUCCAAACUGAAGGAAUGACUUUUUCGUGGACUUUACGUAAUUUUAUUAGGAGAAUCAUUGUGUUUAUUUAUUUGCAUAUAAUUUUUUUUAAUGAUUGUUUUAAAGAUAUUCAACCAUAAUUAUCUCAUAUAUUAUGUGUUAAAUAUUCGUAAAAUAAAAAUAUAUAGACAGAAUACGCAAAGAACAAA